CUCAUCCAAAUGGACUUUGUCUUGUCCCUCCCCUACAGGUGUGAAUGACCGAGGAGGUGCCCCCGACUGCACUUAGUGAGAUAAACCUUCGCCUUCUGUGCCAUGAUGACAUAGACACGGUCAAGCAGCUCUGCGGCGAUUGGUUCCCGAUAGAGUACCCCGACUCAUGGUAUCAGGACAUCACUUCGAACAAGAAGUUUUUUUCCUUGGCAGCCACUUACCGGGGCAUCAUUGUGGGAAUGAUAGUGGCCGAGAUCAAGAGUCGAACAAAAGUGCACAAGGAGGAUGGUGACAUUCUAGCAUCCAGCUUUCCUGUGAAUACUCAGGUCGCCUACAUUUUAAGCCUGGGAGUGGUAAAAGAAUUCAGGAAGCACGGCAUUGGCUCGCUCUUGUUGGAAAGCUUGAAAGAUCACAUCUCCACCACGGCUCAAGACCACUGCAAAGCCAUCUACCUGCAUGUCCUCACCACUAACCACACCGCGAUCAAUUUCUACGAGAACAGAGACUUCAAGCAGCACCACUACCUGCCCUAUUAUUAUUCCAUCCGGGGCGUGCUCAAAGAUGGCUUCACUUACGUCCUGUACAUCAACGGCGGGCACCCUCCCUGGACGAUCUUAUAUCCUUUUUUGCACAUUGGGUCAGCCUUGGCCAAUCUGAGCCCCUGUACUAUUCCACAGCGGAUUUACCGCCAAGCCCAGAGCCUCCUGUGCAGCCUUUUGCCGUGGUCGAGCAUCUCAGCAAAGAGCGGCAUUGAAUACAGCCGGACCAUGUGAUG